AUGGGUUUAAUUGGAUUUGGUAAUCAAACAAUGUUAUAUCUUCAAGAAGAAGACAUUCCAAUUAAUUGUUCAGUUUAUUCAUUAACUUCUGGUUUAUUAGAAAUAUUCCAUUAUCCUGAUUUAUCAAUUAAUAAUAAUAAUAGUGAAUGGUUAAAUUUAACUAAUCAACAAUUUUUACCCGCUUAUUAUAUUACAAAUUGUUCAAUACCUGAUUUAAUUCAAUUAGUUAAUAAACUGUUAGUAAAUGAUCAAACUCCUGAUUAUGUAUUAACAAGAUAUAAACAAAAAGAUAAUGGUGAUACUUUUGUUGCCUUGUUGUUUGUAUUAUGUGGUACUUGUGUCUCGGGUUGGAUGUUAUCUUUGUUGUUAUAUCUUUCACCAAAACAUAAAAGAAAACCUUGGUCAGCUCAAUUAGCUACAUUAUUUUAUGCCACGGUUUGUACAAUAUUAUUAACCAGAUUUACUAAUGCUGCUAGAUUAGAAUUUUAUAAUGCUUCAUUAGAUAUUAUAUUAUUGGUUGAUACUUUAAGAAAUAAUUCAAGUUUUAAAUCUUUAAAUAUCUUAUCACAAGUUUUCACUCAUUUAGCUUGGUUUCAAAUUACUUUAAAGAUUUCAAGACAAAAAUUUAAGAAAUAUAAUGCAAUAAUUGGUACUACAUUAAUCUUAACUUGUGCUGCGGUUCAAACUUUUUAUCAAAUUACGUUUAAUAAUCUGAAUGCAAUAUUUAAUAUGCUGACUUCAGUAUAUAAUUGGAAAAUUGCAAGAUGUAUAUUAGAAUGGUUAAUAUUAAUUUGGUUUUGGGCUAAUCUUUUAUAUUAUACCACCAUGAUGAAAAACCCGACAAAAGUAUGUUAUUCAAAAAGAUUAUUACCUUUAGCAUUAUUUAAUUGGUUUUUAUUUUUAUUUGAUUUAAUAUUAUCCAUACUUUAUUUAAGUAUAUUUUCUCAAAAUUGGUUAGUUCGUACUUGGAUUGUUAUAAUACCAUGUAUGGUUGAUAUAAUAUUAAUUACCACCGUUUGGGAAUGGAUUUUCAAUAUUUGGGUAUUAGAGAAAAGAUUUGAAUUAAUGGGAGUAUUAGGACGCAAGAUAAGUCAUGAUGAAUCAAUGAGUUUACAUCUGGAUAAAAAUGAUCGUAUAUUACAAAAACCCACCGGCGGGAAAUUCUGGAAUAUAUUUGAUAAAAUCCGGACUACUGGUAGUCGAUCAAGUUUAGAUACUCAAGAAUAUACCACCACCACAGAUAUUGUAUAUGAUAUGAAGGGAAUACUGUCAUCUACAGUCCAUGAUUCAGAUGAUACUAGAAUAUUACAACAUGCAACAGUACAAUUAGCUGCUAAUUCACUUUCACCAACACCAACUACUCAAACUCCUCAUUCUAUAGAUGUGACACCAAUUGAAAUUGGGAGUGUCAAUAGAAGAGAAGAUGAACGAGAAUAUGAUGAUGAGAUUGUGGAUGGGUAUGAUAUUUGGGGUCAUGAAGAAGAUGAAUAUGAAGAAGAUGAUGAUGAUGAUGGAUAUAAUAAAAAUAAUAAUAAUGUACAUAUACCGAGAAGAAAUGUUGAUGAUCAAAUGAUUAUUGGAUCUUCAAGGGAUCAUCAUCAUUUUGAUGGGAAUAACAAUAAUACGAAUAAUGAUAAUGAUAAUGAUAAUGAUGAUGAGGAUGAUGAUGAUGCUCCUCCACCAUUCCAACCACAUCCUGGAUAUAGUAUGGAUGAUUAUUGGCAUGAUGAGAAGACAUAG